AUGAGUUUAGAGUGUAGUGGUUGUCAUAAAUUAUUUAAAGAACUUAACAGUGGACUUAAAGGAACAAGUUGGUGUGAUGAAUGUUUUAAUUACAAACAAUGUGCUAAAUGUGGAAAUCCAAUUACAAGAAAUAUGGUAAUUGUUAAAACCUUUGAAGGAAAAGAUUAUCAUGCCGAAUGUUUUAAAUGUGUUGCCUGUAAAACAAGAAUUAAGAAAGAGCCUAUUGUGUAUGAUGGUAAGUUUUAUUGUCAAGAAUGUGGUGAACCAUGUGGUGGAUGUGGAAAGCCAAUUGGAAUGUCAUUUUUAGAAGUAUUUGGAAAGAAAUGGCAUGAAGGUUGUGUUAAAUGUGUUAAGUGUAACAGACAAAUUGGUGACGAACAAUUUUAUGAAGAAGAUGGUAAACCAAUAUGUGCUGUUUGUGUUGAUUAUGAUAAUUAA